CGAAAUGGGAAGAACGUCAUGAAAGAUAAUUCCCGUUUUAUCUUGCAUGACAGUCAACGGCGAUUGACGGUAGUCCAUCAGCCCAGUGGCCGUUGAUGGACCAUCCCUAUGAAGACACAGGGUUACAAUGGGACAGAGUACCUCGGAACAAGAGGUCCAAGGAGGCACGCCCGAGGACGGGUUUGAUAACAUCAAGAAUAUUGUGGAGGAGGAGCUACAGACGAGCAUGAUGGUGGGGAUGGUGAUUGGUGCGGGCAUUGCCAUAGUUCUCAUCGCCAUUCUCAUCUUCUUUGUCCUGCGGAGGAUUCAGCUUCGAAACUUAGAAGCCCAAGAGGCACCCAAAUAUCGAUUCCGCAAGAGGGACAAAGUCAUGUUCUAUGGGCGCAAGAUUAUGCGUAAAGUCUCCCAGUCUACCUCGUCCCUGGUGGGCACAUCCUCCUCUUCUCGACCACGCCUGAAGAAGAAGCAGAAGAUGCUCAACAUUGCCAAAAAGAUCCUGCGCUUUAAGAAGGAGGUCCCCACCCUGCAGGCUAAGGAGCCCCCUCCCUCAGUACUGGAGGCAGACCUCACAGAGUUUGAUGUGGCCAAUUCCCACCUCCCCUCUGAGGUGCUCUACAUGUUAAAAAAUGUCCGUGUACUGGGUCACUUUGAGAAGCCUCUGUUCCUGGAGUUGUGUAAACACAUGGUGUUUCUGCAGUUCCAACAAGGGGAGUAUGUCUUCAGGCCAGGCCAGCCUGACAGCAGUAUCUAUGUCGUUCAGGAUGGGAAGCUAGAAUUGUGCCUUACUGGAACGGAUGGCAAAGAAAGUGUGGUGAAGGAGGUGUAUGCAGGAGACAGUGUCCACAGCCUCCUCAGCAUCCUAGAUGUCAUCACUGGCCACCAGAAGCCUUACAGAACGGUGUCAGCACGGGCUGCAGAGGUUUCCACUGUUCUACGUUUACCUGUAGAGGCCUUCCUCUCUAUCUUUGAGAAAUAUCCUGAGAGCCUGGUGCGGGUAGUACAGAUCAUCAUGGUUCGUCUCCAAAGGGUCACAGUCCUGGCCCUGCACAACUAUCUGGGGCUCACCAAUGAGCUUUUCAGCCAUGAAAUGCAGCCCAUGCGUUUGCCACCUCAGUCACCCCACGCAACUCGUACCAGUCCGAUUCGCCAUGGGAAGCGCUUCGGCAGCCUGACAGUACCCGAGGAGCAUCGAGAGGCUGCCAUUAAGGGAGAAGUAACAGGAGAACAAGGGAAAGAUGGAGCAACAGUGCCAACUCUUAGCCGGACCAUCUCCAUGCCGGUGGACAUUGCUGGUAUUCAGAAAAGUCUGAGAUCAGACUUUGACAUGGCAUAUGAAAGGGGACGGAUCUCUGUUUCUGCAGAGGAUGGGAAUACUCCUCCUACCUAUACCCGGGAGCGGAAGGUGACAGUUGAUGAGGUUCCCUCAGGGAUCUACUUGUACCCAGAGGAAGAGCCAGGAGUGGACAAUAUUUUCACACCUGUUUCCAGCCGAUCCAGUGCUGCUCUGUUUGAGGAAGCUCAGAAAGAGAUCCUCAAACUCAUGAGGAUUGAGGACCCAUCCUUGUUAAAUGGGAAAGUAACUCUGCACCAUGCAAAAGCUGGAGCUGUCUUAGCCAGGCAGGGUGACCAGGAUGUGAGUCUGCACUUUGUCUUGUCCGGUUGUCUUCACGUUUACCAACGAAUGAUCAAUAAACAGGAGGCAGUGUGCUUGUUUGUGACCCACCCGGGGGAGAUGGUGGGACAACUUGCUGUACUUACUGGAGAGCCCCUCAUCUUCACCAUUAAGGCCGUCCGAGACUGUACUUACCUUAAGAUCUCCAAGUCGGACUUCUAUGAGAUUAUGAGGGAACAGCCCAGUGUGGUGUUGAGUGCAGCACACACAGUGGCCAUUCGCAUGUCCCCAUUUGUCCGGCAGAUGGACUUUGCUAUAGACUGGAUGGCUGUGGAAGCUGGCAGAGCCCUUUACAGACAGGAUGACCAGUCUGAUUGCACCUACAUUGUUCUGAAUGGACGUUUGCGCUCAGUCAUACGCAAGGCAAAUGGCAAAAAGGAACUAGUUGGGGAGUAUGGUAGAGGAGACCUCAUUGGAGUGGUGGAGGCUUUGACCAAACAGCCCAGAGCCACCACUGUCCACGCUGUCAGAGACACAGAGCUGGUCAAACUGCCCGAGGGAACACUCAAUAACAUCAAAAGACGAUAUCCACAGGUGGUGACAAGGCUGAUCCACUUAUUAGGCCAAAAGAUUUUGGGAAACCUGCAGCAAGGUCGUGGGCCUUUCUCAGGUUCAGCUCUCAGUCUGCCCAGUAUGACGGCCAGUGCUGAUGUCACUAACCCAGCCAGCAACCUCUCCACUGUGGCUGUUCUGCCCGUGUGUGACGACGUGCCAAUCAAUGCAUUUAACCUGGAACUCAGCCAUGCCCUCAGUGCCAUUGGGCCCACACUGCUGUUAACCAGUGACAUUAUCAGAGAGCGACUGGGUGCUUCUGCUUUGGACAGUAUCCAUGAGUACCGUCUGUCCGGCUGGCUGGCCCAGCAGGAGGACAUCAAUCGGAUUGUGCUGUACCAGACUGACAACAGCAUGACCCCGUGGACCCAGCGCUGCAUCCGUCAGGCUGACUGCAUCCUCAUUGUCGGCCUAGGGGACCAGGAACCUACACUGGGAGAGUUGGAGCAGAUGUUGGAGAACACAGCUGUGCGAGCUCUGAAGCAGCUAGUCCUUCUGCACAAAGAGGAUGGGCCGGGUCCCUCCAGGACAGUCGAAUGGCUAAACAUGCGUAGCUGGUGCUCUGGGCAUCUGCACCUCAAGUGUCCCCGUAGAGUGUUCUCCAGGCGAAGCCCCAGCAAACUGAGGGACGUGUAUGAAAAGGUGUUUGAGAAGACAGCAGACAGACACAGUGAUUUCUCUCGGCUGGCCCGAGUCCUGACUGGAAAUAGCAUCGCCCUAGUGCUGGGAGGAGGUGGAGCCAGAGGCUGCUCUCAUGUGGGUGUGAUCAAAGCUAUGGAGGAAGCAGGGAUUCCUAUUGACAUAGUGGGAGGGACAUCAAUUGGCUCAUUCAUUGGUGCACUGUAUGCUGAGGAGAGGAGUGCUGUUCGGACCAAACAGAGAGCCAGAGAGUGGUCCAAGGCAAUGAAUUCAGUUUUUAAAACUGUCUUGGACCUGACUUAUCCCAUCACCUCAAUGUUCUCGGGUUCUGCCUUCAACACCAGCAUCUAUAAAGUUUUCCAGGACAAGCAAGCUGAGGACCUGUGGUUGCCGUAUUUCAACGUCACAACUGACAUCACAGCCUCGGCCAUGCGAGUUCAUCAGGAUGGCUCUCUGUGGCGCUAUGUGCGGGCGAGCAUGACCCUCUCAGGGUACCUGCCGCCUCUCUGUGACCCCAAAGACGGCAACUUGCUAAUGGACGGUGGCUACAUCAACAACCUGCCAGCGGACAUUGCAAGGAACAUGGGUGCCAGAACAGUCAUUGCCAUAGAUGUUGGUAGCCAAGAUGAGACCGACCUCUGUAACUAUGGUGACUGCUUGUCUGGCUGGUGGUUGCUGUGGAAACGGAUCAAUCCGUGGGCAGAAAAAGUAAAGGUACCAGACAUGGCCGAGAUCCAGUCUCGGCUGGCCUAUGUGUCUUGUGUGCGGCAGUUAGAGGUGGUGAAGAAGAGUGCCUACUGUGAGUACAUCAGACCACCCAUCGACCGCUUCAAGACCAUGGACUUCGGCAAGUUUGACGAGAUCUAUGAUGUUGGAUACCAGCAUGGCAAACUGUUGUUUACUGGUUGGGCCCGAGGUGACAUUAUCGAGAACAUGCUGAAGGACCACCGUUCAGCUGACUACAACGACAGCAAGAGAACUGAUACCUGUACAUGUCCAGGGGCUGAUUUCACUGACCUUGCAGAGAUCGUGUCCAGAAUAGAGCCAGUCCAAAGCUACGUGAACACAGAAGCAGAGGAGUCAGACUGUCUGACGGAGUACGAGGAGGAUGGAAUGGACACAGUGAGAGAGGAGGAGGGGGAGGAAGAGGAAGAGGAGGCAGAGGACCCUGAGGACCACUCCCCUGGAGAAUGGGGACAGAAUGGAGUCUUCCAAACUGAUGAGGAGAAAUCUGUGCGUCAACGUAGGAAACUCACCAGUGACACCUCUGAAGUGUCUGACUGCUGACAGAGGGCAAAGAUGUGAAGGACAAACUUCCACUGGAUCAAGAGCCAAAUUAUGGGUCCGUGUUGUCAAGGCGAGGGACUAAGACAUCAGAUCCUGCAGCAUUUCAGCCUCUGAAAUACUGGUUUGUUUCUGGAGGGAAUCACUGUUGAUCCUCUAACCUUCUGAAUUUAAACAUGCAGCAGCUGGUUUCCUCCAUUUUCUCUUUGCUAUUGCAGUGACUUCUCUUCACUGUCAAAAAUCUAAAUACAUCAGAUCUUCAACAGUCUGCUACUUUGACAUGUGACUGACCUGGGAAGAGACCUCUGUUGAAACUCCCAGGUCUGCCCAGUAACCUACAAAAGAAAAAUAAUGGGAAUUUUCAGGAUCACACCCCAUUUCUGGUUAUUCAGGUCCAGAAAGAAGCCAACUGCAUGUCUGGUCUGUCUCUGAAUCUCUGUGUAUGUCAGCAUAGGUCCAUCAUUGCACUCCUUCACUGAUGUAUUCCACUGUCCUUGGAUUUGUCAUGUGUGCUGCGAGUGUGAAUGCAUGGUUUUAUGUUUGAAUGACUGCAGAUCUACAGAGCAGUGAAGCAAAGACAGGAGAAGAUGAAAUGAAACUGAAGGAAUGGGCAUAGAAAUGAAAGUUCAAGUCUAGUUUAGUUAAAAUAUGGAAUAAGGUAGAGAGCAUUGUUGGCAGAGUAGAUAAACACCACAAUAGAUUUUAUGUUCAGUGAACAGACAACCAGUUUUAGAAAAGAGAAACACAUUAGGAGACAUUUAGAAACAAAUAAAUUAAGUAAGACGAUGCAGAAAACAUGUUGAACGCAGAUGGACCAGAGAGUGAACUGUUGUUUAAUUUAUUUCACUUUGUGCACAAUAAAAUAACUGUAAGUAGACUGAACUCAACAGAGGAUGAAGAUGGAGAGAACGUGCCAGUCGUAAAAAUGUGACGAAUGCGACGAUUCGUGUGAGUGGGUGACACUGCCUGUGAGCUUCACAUUUUGUGUUAAAGCUGUUUAGUUCAAAACGAUGACACAUUAAGUCGAUGCCUUUUCAACACGUUCUCAGCAAAUGGCGACGGAGAAGAGUUCAACUGAAACCUCACUCCACGCCCUCACAUAUGUUUUUCACAUGUACCGUACUCAGAAUUUCUGCGUUGAGUUGUUUGAAACAGUGUGAUAAAAAAAAAAAGGAAUAUGCACACACACAAGGCAUUUAUUUCAGCCUGAAAAAUGCUUUCAAAUGUUAAAAAUCUCACUAAAGAACAGAUUAUUGUCUAAGAAUGUCAUUUUUAUGUGUAAAAUACGCAGAAACCCUGAGUAUUCCUUAACUUGAAAUAGAAAGAAAGGCACCUCAUAUAACUAACCAACAGUUAACAUGGACCUCUUAUAGAAAUUGUAACAUGAUUAUAUUAUAAUACACAAAGUGUUGAUAUUCAUAUGUAUAUGAGGUGAACAUUUGUACGCUGACGCUUUGCUGCAAAUCAAGGGAACAAUGAAACAAAAAAAAAGGUUUCUUCUCUUAAAAAUCCAUUUUGUUGAAUGGUUGCCAGAUUUGCUUUUUGUUAUUUAUAAAUGUUAACUACUGGCUUUUUAAAACUUUUUUUUUGUUUUUUUAAUUUUGGGUUGGGGGUUUUAUUUUGAUUAACACGGCUUUAGCUGUUUUGCACUGAAAUAUUGAAUCCUUGCUCAGAAGAUGUUUGGUUUUUAAUUACCAUCCACCUUGCAAUGCCAAGGGAAACUAAAGGAGAAAAAGAAAUUAUAAUUUAAUAUGCAUAUUGGGAAAUAAAUGUAAUAUGCAUCA